AUGUCGUCCACAACAAACCGACCAGCUCUAUCUAGAGAUUAUCCAUCAUCCACCGCGGAACCUUCCAAGCUAUUCAGAUGGCCAGGAGGUGAUUGGGAGUCUACCAAGGCGGUCAGAGAAGUACUGGAGGAGAACAAUCGGGGGUAUGAUAUUUACGAAUCGGCGAGAUUCGCACAUAAUCAUUUCCCUCAUUCUGCGCUUACUCGAUAUACCCUAGGAGCGCCAGCUCAGCUUAUCAGGAAUACCUGGACACUUGAUCGACCUCAUCUCGUAUCGCUCGAUCCUAACGACAAGAGUAGGAAAAAGGAAGAAGUCAAGGACGUUCCCGAUAAGAUCGAAAGUGCGAACUGGGGUGAUGAGAGAUAUCUAGGUAUGAAGGGUGCCUAUGCUCGCUAUCUUACUUUUUUCCAUCAGGAGAUUGCUAGGCUAGGUCCUUUAGAGACUCUGAAUAAAUACGUGUUUUCACCAUCGGCAAACUGGGAGAGAUGGAAGAACGUCAAUGGCGAGGAGAAUGAACCUCCCAUGAUGAUCGAUCGAUUAGUUGGUGGUCUGUUCCAUCCGUUCAUUCAUGUCGGAUUUGGGCUGGAGUUCAACGAUCGGGUGGUACUAGCUGAAGGUCUCGCCGAAACCGCUAUUCACUCUGACGAGCUGAACCUCCCCCUCAUCACUCCGCAAUACGCCCAUGAGAUCAUCCAUCCCUCACAUCCAAUCCCCGAUCAUCUCCGUAGACCCCCAAGGGAGGUUCCAGAAUCUGAGGAUUGUCUCUCCCCCGAUUGCGCCAGAGAGCCUAGACUGGGCAGAUCGUUGUUAGAGAUAUACUCUAUCUUACUCCAUUCCCCUGAUUUGGCGCCUGUACCGUACGAUGAGAACUCGAGUAUCAAUGACAGGAUCAAAUAUGCUACUGAAGGUGGUAAGGCGGAAAACGUCAGGAAAUUGGCUGAAGAUUGGAGUCUGACUGAUGAAGAGCUGAAUGACGAUAAGGAUGGCUGGAAGAGGAAGUUCGAAGAAGUGGCGAUAUUGGUCACGCUCUUGGCUUGUGGGACGGGUAGAAAAGUAAAGGAGUUGAAGAUUGAUUUCUUCUUGAUGCACACCCUCACUUCAUCUAUCUUCGUACCCACCUACAUGCCAAUCCUGUCCAUCCCCAAUAGGAGAUUGCUCCUAAAAGCAUAUUUAUUGGUUCUUCUUAACACCGCAAUAGCUAGGGGGCGACCUGCUAUUGAUCCAGAAUUAAUCAUGUCAUACGAUCCAUUCCCUGUAGCACCUGGAUCAAAAGGACUAGUCAAGCCUCAAAGAGGCGCUGUGGUCGGAUCACCUGAUAAGAAGGACAGUAGAAAUCCGUGGAUGGGUAUAGUAGAAAGUAGUUUGGCUUAUCCCGACUCGCACGUACCUAAAGCUAUCCGAUCGCUCGUAUAUUUCGCAGAAUUGUACGGAUCGACCAGACCUGGAUGUUUCAUCGGCUCGUACCUCUCUGGAGGACAGACACACGAGACGAUCCCUGGACUGGCUCAAGUGGAUGGAACGGUAUUUGUCAGAGCUGCUGGGGCGAUCAUGAAUCAGAUGGGAUGGACUAGAGAAGGUCAAAACGAAGGAGAUUGGGAGUUUAGUCCAGUGGGGUAUGAUGAGGUCUGGAAAUGA